UUUCCCUCAAGCCAGCGCCUGGAGAGUGGUCUGCAGAGGACGCAGCCAGAGCGCCGUGAGGCUCUGGAGGAGCUGACUGCAGCUGAUAACCCGGGUAUUGCUCCAGGCCGGAGCACCCCUUGUCCCCUGGAGGCCCCGGAGCAAAGCGCUCCGAGACCCCGCCCUGUUGUCGCCGGAUAGGCGCAGUGGCUCCGCCUAGAGUCACUUCCGACAGGGGCGCUGGCCCAGCCACGCCCACUUUUCUGGCGGCCCUGCACACUUUGUGAAUUUGGGGAUUGUUGCGUAUGACAAACGGGCUCAAAAGGGACUCCCCUGCUUGGCUGGCACUGUUUUCCUGUUCAUCUUCUGAAAGGUGAUGGUGUCUUCCGCGCCCUGCACGGCGCUUCCCGGCCGCGGAAAGAGUUCCUUUACUUUACAGCGGUGCCUACCAGGGAUCUUUCUAGCGACUUUGGCAUUCCUGCUGUUUACACUCUCUGAUGCCUGUGUACUGCCACCACCAUUUCAAGCUUUGGAGCUCGUUGGCAAACCUAAACCCUAUUAUGAGGUUGGAGAAGAAGUAACUUAUAGGUGUAAAAAAGGAUAUGACCAACUAUUGGGGUUUCUCACCAUUGCUACUUGUGAGCCGAAUCAUACCUGGGUGCCUAUUUCAGAUGAUGCCUGUAUGAAAAGAAAAUGUCCAUAUUUAGGUGAUCCUAAAUUUGGCAAAGCCGAUUACCCAAAUGGAACUUACCAGUGGGGUGCUCAAGUUCAUUUUUCUUGUUCUAGUGGUUAUUACAUAAUUGGUAAAGCAAUCAUUAAUUGUGUGCUUAAGGGAGAAAACCCACACUGGGAUGGUAAAGUCCCACAAUGUGAAAAGAUUUUGUGUGCACCACCUCCAAAAAUCAAAGAUGGGAAAUACUCCUUUAGUGACAUAGAAGUAUUUGAGUAUAUGGAAGCAGUAACUUACAGUUGUAAUAAAAAACCUGCAGGAGAAGAACUUACACUUGUGGGAGAAAAAGAGCUUUACUGUGCUGGCAACGGGGUAUGGAGUAGCAGUCCUCCUCAGUGUAAAGUGGUCAAAUGUCCAUUUCCAGCAGUUGAAAAUGGAAACCAGUUAUCGGGACUUGGAAAAAAGUUUUCCUAUAGAGAUACAGUUGUGUUUGAAUGCAUUCAGGGUUAUUACAUGAAUGGCAGCACCACCUCUGUCUGUAACGGUGAAAGUGUUUGGGAGCCUCCAUUGCCAAAAUGUCUUAAAGCAGCGCCUCCUCCCAAUACAAAACCUCCAACUAUAAGUUAUUCAGUGUCAACUUCUCCCAGUACAAAACCUCCAGUUUCCACUGUUUCAGGAUAUCCCAAUCCCGAUGGACUGUUUGAUGAUGAAUUCGCUCAAUGGAUCAUUUUGCUGAUUAUUCUCAUUGCAAUUGUUUUGAUUGCUAUAAUUAUCCUCUGCCUGUACAGACGUUUUCAACGCAGGAAGAAGGGGAUAUACCUAAUUGAUGAGAGCUACAGAGAAGUACAAUUUACUUCUCUCUGAGAAGAAGAGAUAAGAGAAAGGUUUACUUUUACUAUUAAAAGGAAAGCAGUUAGAGCUCAAUACAACACUUACCAGAAAAGUUUGACCACUUCAGCAGAGCCAACUACGUGAUUUCCACACACCUGUGUCUCCGUUUAUCUUUUAAUUCUGCUAAGAGCUUCUCAUCUGCAAUAGUUAAUGUGGAUGCCCUGCUGAGUUAUGCUGUUCAUAUUUUAAUGUAACUGGAAUGUAGUCACCCUCUGUUUAUACAUAUAUGAACUGGGGUCUGAACACAGUUCCUGUUUCCCCCUAACAUUUGGACUUAAGGGGCAAAUCAACACAGUAUCCCUGAUAGUCUUAAGAUGGGGAAAUGAUUUGUUUUGUAAAAUGGGAAAAUCCAGAAAAAUAUAGCUCAAAAUGAAAUUAUAUUGCAUUUUUUUAAAAAAGUGGUUUUGAAAGCUUUUUAAUGUGAACUCUUAAAAUUCCAUCUUUCCACAACUCUAAAA